AUGGGGGACCGCACACAGCGUCAGUCCUCGUGGCUGAGAGAUUCAGCUAAGAAUGUGCCCUGGAUUUUGCUCGCGGCGCAAUCCGUGGCGUUCGUUUUGCUCUCCCAUUACUCGCAGAUGAUGCCACCCGCGGGUGGAAAGCGAUACCUCACCUCGACCGCGGUUUUUAUGAGCGAAGUGGUCAAGCUUGCGAUCGCCCUGACGAUGGCCCUCUAUGACGUCUCAAAGAACGCCCCGCCCUCGAUGCCUGCAACCUCUCUCUUUUUCUCCUUGUCGAGCGCCGUUCUCUCCGGCGAUAGCUGGAAAUUGGCCAUUCCCGCCAGCCUCAGCGUCCUGUCGAAUUCUCUUCAAUAUGUUGCGCUGUCAAACAUGAGUGCGGCGACCUUCCUCGUUAGUUUCCAGCUGCAGUUCGUCACGGUGGCAAUUCUUGGCCUGGUGACAUUUGGCAGAAGUAUUGCUCCUCGCAAAUGGGGUCUGUUGCUGCUACUCUUGCUUGGUGUGGCAUUGGUGCAUUUCCCCAACACCGGUGUUGAGCCGCUUUCGAUGGGGGACGAACAUUCGGGCCUCCAUUUCCCUCGGUCUCUAGAAGAAUGGAAGGCAGUCAGAGGCGUGAAUAAUGCCGCCAAGGUUCACAAGCGCUCGGCCACCUACGAGGGUAUUGAGGAAGAUAUUCUUACAGCCAAUCCUCGAAUGAGCCACGAGUUAGGCAUGCUUGCUGUGAUCGGUGCCGCCCUCACAUCUGGUGUGGCAGACAUCUAUUUCGAGAAGGUUCUCAAAGACAGUUCUGCACACAUCUCGCUCUGGGUGCGCAAUGUUCAGUUAUCUCUUUAUUCCGUCUUCCCCGCGCUCUUCAUUGGCGUGAUCUUCCAAGAUGGGGAGCGGAUUGCCAACGAUGGCUUCUUCCAGGGAUACAACUGGACAGUGUGGGCCACAAUCGUGGUCCAGGCACUGGGAGGGGUUCUCUCCACCUUCGUUGUUGGGCAGAUUUAUCGUGACCCUCGAAGCUUGACUACGACUACGAGCAUCGUGCUCAGCAUCGUCGGAAGCGUCUGGCUUUUCGAGUUUGAGCUAACAGCCAGCUUCUUCGUGGGCGCAGCAGCCGUCUUGGUGGCCACACAUUAUUACGGCAACCCGAUUUACAACUCGGCCUCGACGAAGGUCGGUGGAAUGCGUCCACCGCCUAUUCGAGUUGACAGCUACGAAAAGGACGCUGGCAAUGCGAAUGACUCUGUUGAUGGGCCUCCGGACGAAAUUUCCAUCAAGUUGCCAACCAGCCCUUUCUUGUCCGAUGGGUUCACGUCAUCUCGCCCGACAUCGCCUGGGCCGGGCCACGUACGAGUGGGCGCUAGUCGCAACACAAGUGGCGCCAGCUACUUUGACAAGAAGUAG